UCAAGAUUUUCCCAUAGAAGCCAAAUCGAUCAAAGCCCUAGCAUAUAUUUCCCCUGUUUUCUUCGAUAUAUACUUGUCUUUUUUUAACCUCCCUAAUCGUCUCCACUCUGAAAUUUAUUGACAGGCUGAAUCGCCGAUUUCUAUAAGAUCCGGUUUCACGGCUAUGGGGAUCAUCGCGUCAUCCACGAUUUUUAAAUCGGGGGAUUCGAAGUCCAGUUCUUCAUACUACCAACUCCCGGCGGAGAGACGGAGAGCUCAUGAAGAAGCGAUAGUGAAUGCUACUAUAGAUCUGAUAGCCAGGGAGCUCGACGCCUUAUUCCCUCCGAAACUCGGAGAUACGUCGUCAGCUGAUCCACCAAAUGAAAUUGACCCAACAAAGAGGGAUGAGGAAACAGAAUUGCGGUUUUGCGAGUUUAUGAAUGAGGGUGCUUGCAAAGAAUCAUUUACAGCUUUGAAAAAUUGCGUUGAUGAAGCUCAAAAAUAAACUGAUGAGUGUCAUAAACUCUGGCCUAGGCUGAUCAAGUGUAUGCAUGCUCACUCUGACUACUAUCAGCCGAUUCUGGAUCUUAAGAAAGCUUCUGAAGAUCUGCUGUUGAAGGAUAUCUUAGCCUUUGCCGUAUCGGAAGGGGUCUUAUCCGAAGAGGAGGCUGCGACUGAGCAAGCUAAUGGAUUUUGGGGGCAGGGAUGAAACAUGAUACAACUUCACGUCUGUUAUCAGCCUCCAUAGAUAGCCCAUAUCAUUCUUUGCUUACCUUGUUAAUCAUGAAGUUUCUGUGCUUUUAAAGGCCACUAUUCUCUCUGUAUAAAUAUUGAGUCCCCUUUUAUGUGGUCAAAUGUUAUAAUAUUUAAUUUGCUUGUUGCGCAAGCAAGCUCAAUUUCAUCAGUACAGAGAAACAAUCAAGAAAGUAUUUGGUUUACUGAAGCCGUGAUAUCACUUUCUUCAAUAUGAGCAAUAAAAG